AUGAAGGGGGCCUUCAAAACCCUGUUGAGCAAAGUGCUCAGAAGAAUAGAGAAUGAGUUUUCAGCACCCACGGGAAAGACGCGUUCUUCGUAUGCCAAGAGAGUCUCCAGUGGGAACUAUUGGGCUGGCGGCGGCAGUGGGGGUGCACGGGCACCUUUGUACUUAGCGUUGUUGUGUGCGGGGGAUCGUGGACGGAAGGGUGCAAAUAACAGAACGUGGGAGAACCAGAGAGGUCGAACCUACGGGCGGAUGGCCCUCCUCGUUGCGGCAACCAUCGGUGGGCUGAACCUACUUCUAAAAAACGCAGAACAAGGAGAAAAAAGGUGGAAGAAAAAAACAAGAAACAUUAUUCCCUCCCCAAAUAUGAGAAAUGAAAUAGCUAACUGUUGCGGAAUCAUGGCAUACCUUGGGAACAGAGACGCUUCAAAAAUAUUAUUUGAUGGAAUAGAGGUGUUGCAAAAUAGGGGUUAUGAUUCAUGCGGCAUGUCCACAAUAAGCCGAACCGAUGGAACUUUAAAGACAACCAAAUAUGCGAGCACCUCAACCAGUGAUGCUAUAGAAAAGUUGAGAGGAAAUUAUUCUACUAGUCACAAGAAUGAUAAAAUAGGAAUUGCACACACCAGGUGGGCAACACAUGGAUGUAAGGUGGAUGAGAAUGCUCACCCACAUAUGGAUUACAAGGAAAGGAUCAGUAUCGUUCACAACGGGAUAAUAGAAAAUUACAGAGAGUUGAAAAGUUUCCUCUUGGGAAAAAAUAUACCCUUUAAAUCUAACACAGAUACAGAGGUGGUAGCCAAUUUGAUAGGCUAUUUUCUUGAUCAGAAGGAGAACUUCCAAAACGCAGUGCUCUCCGCAAUUAGGCAAUUAGAAGGAACAUGGAGCUUCUGCAUAAUACAUAAGGAUCACCCAGACGAAAUGAUCCUUGCAGCGAAUGGAUCUCCAUUACACAUUGGAUUUAAGGACAAUGAGAUUUUCGUCGCCUCGGAGCACUCGGCCCUCUUCAUGUUUACCAAUGAAUACAUUUCCUUAAAAAACGGAGAAAUUCUAUCCAUCAAUAAAGACAAGAUAAACGAUCUGAAAACAGAGAAAAAGGUGGAAAGCAUACCAGAAGUUGUUAUACAAAAGACCCCACACCCUUUUCCUCACUGGACACUGAAGGAAAUACAUGAGCAGUCAAUUACAUUGUCCAAAACGUUAAAUAAUGGAGGCAGAUUUAGUAUACUGAAUAGCUCCGUAAAAUUAGGAGGUUUAGAUCCCUAUGUAGAUGAACUAUCCCAGAUUGAAAAUAUCAUUCUAAUCGGUUGUGGCACGUCAUACUAUGCUGCACUUUUCGCAAAAUAUGUAAUGCACUACUUGAAUUGUUUCAACACGGUGCAGGUCAUGGACCCUAUGGAUUUCAACGUUUCUGUCAUCCCCAAAGAGAAGGAAGGAGUUAUCUUCAUUUCGCAGAGUGGAGAAACUAGAGAUGUAAUUAAGGCUUGUAAAUUAGCUGACGAUUUGAAUUUAAAAAAAUUAUCCGUUGUCAAUUCUGUCGGAUCCACUAUUGCUAAUAUGACUGGACGGGGUGUGUACCUAAAUGCAGGAAGAGAAGUUGGAGUCGCUUCAACGAAAUGUUUCACUGCAGAAGUUUCUGUCCUCACUUUAAUAGCCAUCUGGUUUUUUCAAAAUAAAAAGGAAACCUACCAUUCUUCACAUUCUAAGGUAAGCUCCUUAAUCAAUUCCAUGCAUAGACUUCCUCUAUAUGCAGGUACAACUGUUAAAUCAUGUGAAGCUAAAUGCAAAACCUUGGCUAAUAAACUUAUCAAUGCCAAGUCCAUGCUCAUUGUUGGGAACGGUUUAAGCUACCCAAUCGCUUUGGAGGGGGCCCUGAAAAUUAAAGAACUCAGUUAUAUCCACUGCGAAGGAUUUACGGGGAGUGCUUUAAAACAUGGGCCUUAUGCACUCCUGGGUGGGGAUGAAAACAUGCCUGUUAUUAUGCUUAUUUUUAAUGACCCCUCCAAAAAUGUAAUGAUAAAUACGGGUGAGCAGAUAAAGUCCAGGGGAGCCCAUAUCAUUUGCUUGACGGACGACGAAGAUCUGUGCAAGCAUUUCGCUGAUGAUAUCAUUUUAAUCCCCAACAACGGGCUCCUCACGCCCCUGUUGGCCGUCAUCCCCCUACAGAUGCUUGCAUACUACACCUCUGUCGCGCGAGGCAACAACCCCGACCGCCCCCGUUGCCUUGCCAAGACAGUUACUGUAUCCUAG